CAACGAUCUACGGGAACGCCAUGUUUACAAAUCCACAACAUUGAUGAUCCAUCUCGCUGCUCGUUUACGCUUCCGUAAAAAUAUUGCAGAAACUGUUAAUUUGUUCAUUUUUUUUAUUCAAAAAUGAGUUUCCUGUUUGGAGGAGGUGCAGAGAUUGAUAUCGUCCUUGAUGAUGCUGCUUCCCGCAAGCAAGCAGAGAUUAAAACAGAGGAUGGAAAAAAAGAAAAGUUAUUUCUCUUUUAUGAUGGAGAGUCUAUCUCAGGAAAGGUAAAUGUGACAUUAAAAGGCAAAAGGCUUGAACAUCAAGGAAUAAGAAUUGAAUUUGUUGGGCAAAUAGAGUUAUAUUAUGAUAGAGGAAACCACCAUGAGUUUACAUCGUUGGUUAAGGAGCUUGCACGGCCAGGGGAGCUGGCCAACUCCAUCAGUUACCUUUUUGAGUUCCAGAAUGUGGAGAAGCCAUAUGAAUCAUACACAGGAGCAAAUGUUAAACUCAGAUAUUAUUUGAAAGUAACAAUAACAAAGAGGCUGACAGACACAACCAAGGAGAUGGAUAUUUUAGUGCACACUCUGUCCCACUAUCCAGAGGUGAACUCAUCCAUCAAAAUGGAAGUUGGUAUAGAAGACUGCUUACAUAUAGAAUUUGAGUAUAAUAAAUCCAAGUAUCAUCUGAAAGAUGUGAUUGUGGGAAAGAUAUAUUUCUUGCUUGUGCGGAUAAAAAUAAAACAUAUGGAACUGGCAAUUAUCAAACGAGAAACAACAGGCUCAGGGCCAAAUACUUUCAAUGAAAAUGAAACCCUUGCUAAGUAUGAAAUCAUGGAUGGUGCCCCUGUACGAGGUGAAUCAAUUCCAAUCAGGCUGUUCCUAUCUGGUUACGAAUUAACGCCCACAAUGCGUGAUAUUAAUAAGAAGUUCUCAGUACGUUAUUAUCUCAACUUGGUACUUGUCGACGAAGAAGAAAGGAGAUAUUUUAAACAACAGGAGAUUGUGUUGUGGCGGAAACCAGACAAAUUGAAGAAACCUGUAAACUUGCAAAAUGCAGUGAAAUCAGCGAGUACUAAAAUGGAAUGAUGGACGAAAGGAACUCUAAUGAAAAAAAAAAACAUCAACACUAAACUAUGCGUAUUGCUCUUGGGUGGUAAAGGGCAAAUUUUUAAAAUUGUUAAUCACUGAAUUAGAAAUAAUUGUAUUCAGGUAUUGGUUCACAAUUUUGAAAGAAAAAAAAACAGCAUAUUGGAGAAAUUCACAAACCAAGUCAGAGAGUUUACUGUGAGGGUUGGUAUAUGUUUUGUUUUUGAAUGGAAAAAAAACCAAUCUUUUUUUAAAGUUCCACAAACACAUGUCUCUCACAACCCUCAGUGUUAGGUGUUGGUUAAGAAUAUUCACAUCAGGAGAGUCAUGUUUAGAGUAUAGCAUAUCGAAAUACUACAUCGCUAUUUGAAACAUCCAGAUAAUUAGGCAUCAAUUUUAAGUACACAAAUAUUAGAUGGCUAUCUGAUAAAUUAAAAGAAUUAUUUCAACAUUCUUUGGUUGGAAUUUCUAUAGGAUCUGACAUUGUCUGUUCGUGCUAUCAAGUUAUAUGUGACAAAAAUCUUUGAUUUGACCGUAUAAUUAUGGGCUUGAUUAUGUCAUUUUACAUCCAUAUUUGGGGAAAUCAUGGGUACUUGUCACAUAAGACCGAGCUUUUUACUGACUUUGUUUAUCUAGAAUCCUGAAAGCUGUGUCAUUAGUCAGUACAAGAAAUAAGGGUGCAGAUCUGUUUUGAAAGUUGAGGGGAAUCUGCAUACUGUAUAUAUGAGAAAGCAAGUGAGUCAAAUAUUAGAAAUAAUGAUAUUUUAGUUACAAGAUUAUUCAUUGUUUAGGUACUUGCUAUUCAAAAGGAUGUACAGUUGAUUUUAAGUGAAAACAAAGAAGGUGCAGAGAUUGAGGUCUGUGACAGCUUUAGCAUUACAUGAGCACUCUAUGGUAGGGUUGCCAAAACAUGGCUGGCAAGAUAACUCCUUGAAAACAUAGCUGCUAAGAUAACUCUUUGGGGUUAAACGCAUUUCUUCUUUCUUAAGUGCAUCUAACAAGUAGAACAAGGCAUUUUUCUCUUCUCCAAUCUUGGUAGGUCUGCCCAAAUAACUGGAUUUAUCUAUAAACUUUAUCCUAAUUUGCGCCUUGCUUUAUAUUUCAAUAAUCAGUUCUUGUACUGACGAUUUUUAGCUGUAUAAUUAGUAUAAUUAUCUAUACAUUUUAUUACAUUUGUGAAAAGGAUCCAACAGCAUCAUUAUAUAGGGCUCAUGCAUUUAAUUCUAUUGUCAGCUAGCAUUUAGAAACACCCUCAUGUAAGUGUCGGCUCAUUUUGAUGUUGGUUUGAAGUAAAUAAAAACUAAUAUAAUAAA